AUGCAGAACUUGGUGCGUACCGUGACGCGGUCUACGAUGAUUAGCCAGUACAUACAGUUCUGUCAGGAGGAGAAGUUUGAAGCUCUCAGUCGCACCACUUUAUUCAAGAUCCUAGAAGUCAGACGAGCCUCACAGAGAAAGUCGUUACAAGGCCUCGACAAUACUGCUGCCGAUGGCUCUGCUGGUUUCCAGAAAAUUGAAAUGAUUGUCGAUGAUCUAGAGAAAGGAGGAAUGAAUAAGCAAUGUUGCGAUGAGGUUAAGGAAAGGCUUAAGAGUGGAAAACGCUACUUAAAGACCAACUAUCGCGUUCACUGCAAUACAGAGAAAGCUUUGUGUCCUGAUCAUUGCCGCAAGUUCGCUUUAAGUGACGAACAAGAUCCUGACUUCCAGGAGAAAUGCUCCCAUCAACACACAGAAAACUGUAACGAGUGUCAAAAUCUGCGAAAUGUCUUAGAUGAAGUCGAAGACAAAGUUUGA